GGUUUGCCUUCAAGUUUUUGUUAGCCUACCUAUUGAUUAAAAAUAAGUGAUGCACAGUCAGAAAUAUUUUGGCAACAGAAUUUUGCAGGAAAUUAUUGUGAGUUAACCAAGCUGCAGUCAUGAGUGAGCAGCUGAAGUUUAUUGUUCAGGAGUUGAACAAGGAGCCAUUCAACAAGAACUACAACCUGAUCAGCUUUGAUUCCUUAGAACCCCUCCAACUCCUGCAGGUUCUCAAUGAUGUACUUGGAGUUGUUGAUCCAAAGCAAGCAAUAGAUAUCAGGGAAGAGACACCAGAUAUGACGGCCAUCAGAAUAUUUGGCUGUUUGAGAGUUCUCAAAUAUAAACCACCGACAGAGGAUGUGAGUACAUUUAGGACAGGAUUGGUACAGGGUGAUAAACCUAUAAUUUAUCAUAUAAUGGAAUGGAUGUUGAAGAAUAUACCUGGCCUGCAGAAACGAGCCUACCUGGCAAAGUUCCUCGUUAAAGUCGAGGUCCCAGCUGAUAUCAAACAAGAUGACCAGAUGGUAGAUCUUUAUCAACAGUAUGAUGAGUUGAUAGAGACGUUCAAGGAAUUACACAAACAGUCGGAGAGCUUGAAGAACUCCGGGUAUAACACAGGAGAGAUCAGAAAAGAUAUAUCAAACAUGGAGGAUGAGAAGGAGCAGCUUAUUAAACGAGUUGAACGCCUUAAAAGAAAGGUUAAAGCAACACCCAAAAUGCUAACAUUGUUAAAUUUACCCCAAAGGAAUCUUCGACGGGGAGAAAAUUUUAAAGAAAAGAAAACCCUUGCUAAAACAGAGCAGGAGAAAUUUAACCCUCUGAUUCAGCACUCGGAACAGAAGAUGAAGCGUUUACAGCAACAGUUACAUGAUCAUAGACAAGCUAGUGUUGGAGCAACAGCUGAGGGUCUGUUACAAAGAUUGGAAGAAGAGAGUAGGGCUAACAGCUAUAUCGUAAAGGAGAGACUUCCAAAGGAUAUAGAAUCAAAGAAGAAGAGUGUUGCGGACCUUCAAAGGGUUGUUGCUGAACCAGCCAUGGGUCAGGCUGACCUAGAGGAAUUACAUAAUAAGAUUGGGGAUUUGAACACGGAGAUCAAUCAGCUUGUAGAAAAGAGAAUGAGAAGUGGCGAGCCUAUGGAUGAUAAACUGUCCCUCUUCAGACAACAGGCUGCUAUUAUAGCUCACAAGAAGGAGAACGCAGCAGAGAAUCUUCGUGAAGCUCGUGACGAGUAUUCUAGAUUGAUGCACGAGGUUGACGAGAAACGAGAGCUGGCCAAACAAGCUAGUGGAGGCGGAGAGGUCCUCAAAGGGGAAGAGUUUAAACGUUACGUGAACAAGUUACGUAGCAAGAGUACCAUCUACAAGAAGAAACGUUCGGAGCUGGCCGAGUUAAAGGCGGAAGUUGGUGUGUUGUCUAGGUCGGAGGAGAUCUUGAGAAUGAGGGAUGAGAACAUCGAUCAACAACUGUCGGCAUUAGAGACGAAGCAUGGUGUUGGAGGUUAUAGACAGACGCAGGAGGACCUUGAGAAAGUCUCGUCAAAGAAGAGUAACCUUGAUCACAAGAAGGGACAGACACUGGAAGAGAUAUCUGACAUGGUGAGGGUACUAAAUAAGCGUAUUGCUGAGAAGAAAGGAGCUCUCGCACCAAUUAUAAAGGAGUUACGUCCCCUGAGACAGCAAGCUCAGGAGCUGACACAGGAAUACAAUGACAAGAAACAUGCUUAUGAUACAGCAUCAGCUGGUCUCGAGUCAAACAUGUCCAAACUUGAACAAGAGGUCCGAGGUUUACAUGAAAAAACUACAGGGAAUUUUACUUUCUUUUGGUUUUAA